AUGUGCGUUCAGAACCACUCCAGCCUGUGGUUUACAAAACUUUGCUGGAGCACAAAACAUGGAGGCCAGCUGAUGCAUUGCUUAGAAAUAUGCUUCAUUAUGCUUGCAGAUUUGAGAACAGAGAAUCUCCUGGGCCCCAUGGCUGGUGGAUCUGAUGAGGAAAGUAGUGAUAACUUAGAAGAGGACAUAGAAGAUGAAGGAGACGAUUUAGAGGAAGAGGAGGUUGAGAACAGCGAGAAUGAGGACGAGGAAGACGAUUCGGAUGACAACGAGGAUGAUGACGAGAACACAGGGGAACACAUAGAGGAUGCAGGGGAUAAUGGUAAUGACAUCGAAGAGAGUGCAGGAGAAGAUGAUGAUAAUGAUGAAGAUGACGAGGAACAAGAAGAGGACACCAAUAAUGACGAAGAUCAGCCAGAGCACAGUGCGAGCCAACCACAAGACAGUGAAGAUGAGGAAUCAGAGGACUCCGACGAAGCCCCCGAAGAGGCCACGCUCUCCAAGGAUAGUGAUAUCAUGCAAUAG